AUGGGUGCUCGCGAGAAGCAGAAGGCGAAGUCUCGCGCAGCUCGCAAGCCGUCCAGUAGCAAGAGUACGCCAUCGUCAGGCUUCAACAAGUACACGCACAAAGGCAUUUCUUCUCGAUCCUCAGUCAACGAGUGGCAGAGUUUCGCCUCCUCGCAAUAUGGCUCCUCUCCGCAACCUGCGCACAGUCUCGCUCAGGAAGCUAGGAACACAGAGCGGCACGGUGCUUUCGGAUGGGCCAACACACGCCUGCGAGACAAGCCUUUGAACUUCGUUAGUGCCGGAAACCUCGUUCGUGAAGAGCCUCAAUCGUCGUCCUUAGAAGAAGACAAGAACGUGUCCGAGGUAGACAAUGGCUUGCACAACGACACAUCUGACGCUGAGCCAUCGCCUGCGCUCGUCGAGAACCAGGCAGUGCAGCCAGCCUCCACAGAAGAUCCCCCGCAGACCGAUGGGCCAACAGAACAGCCUGUGGAUAAUUCCGCCGACGGCAAUGCCUCCUCUUCGGAGGACGAGGUGGUGUUCGUGGGACGAAAACCAGGCAUGCCAGUCAAGGAGCAAAAGAAGUCACAGGUCGACCACGAACCAUCAAUCAAGCAACCUGUUCCAGUACCAAUUCCUCGAUCACCUGAAGUACUCACUCACCCUCCGAUGUCUUCCCUUUCCGAUUUGCCAAUGCCUCAGCAACAGCCCUCAGCAGCUCGCCCACGAAGACGAUGGGAAACUCGAUAUGAGCGGAGAAAACGUCAGGAGCAGGAGGACGAAGAUGCGUAUCUGCAGGACUACAUCGAGAACCUUGACAUGGAUGACGACGAGGAAGACGAGGAUAGUGGUGAAAAGGACGGAGAGGCAGAUCCGACGACCGCAAAGCCUCACCGUCGGAAUGAACAUUUUCGAUUCAACAAGAGCGAUGGUCUGGACAACGCCAAGGUUCAGCUACGAGCUGUCAAGAGCACGAAGAAGGCAAUCGUCGAGACUGGUCUGAAUGGCUGGGAUUCUGCAGACCUGGAUGCCUUCGAUGAUAUCAGCACUACCGAAGACGAGACCGAUGAUGUUGACGCCGAACGCAUAUUGCGACAUCGCGAGCGUGUCACAGGCAAGCAGUAUCUCGUGACAACACCCGGUACGUCCGUCGAUGAGGCUAGAUGGGUUCCUGCAGCGAAGUUGAAGCAAGCGCGCGUAAGGGAGUUGAUACAGGUCUACGAUAUUUCGGUCGAUGAACGUCUGGCUGUGUCCGACGACGAUGAUUCGAGCGAAGAAGAUGAAGACGAGGAAGAUCUUAUCGACGACAUUGGCUCCGAGCAAGACGAGAACAAUCGUAUCAUGGAGAGAACCGCGAGGAUGACAGACGAGCAGAUCGCACGUGCACUCGACAGACAAGAGCGACUCGGUAUGGGCGGCGAUGAGGUCAAGAUGUGGAAUGACCACGACUUGGAUGAUCUCGAUGACGAGAACGACUUCACCAUCGAUCAAUUCAUGAAUGGAGACGAAUUCAUCCCGUUCUCAACGUCCAAACAUACGUCUAAUCGUGGAAGAAGCAAGAGAAACAAGCGCGGUCGAGACAGCUUUCCACCCGCUGAGGCAUUCGCAGAUGCACUCGAGCAGGAUCCCUACGGUGCUUUCGAUGUCAUGGAGUGGGAACGGCCCAGUCUACGACCCAAGCGAAAGGGCCGCAAGAGUGACUUUCCGUAUGAUAUGGAUGGUAUCGAUGAUGAGCUGGCGGCAGGUCUUGUCAACGCCUGGACCAAAGAUCGCGAGAAGAAGGCUAGCAGGAAGCGAGAGAAGCAGGCAGAGCGAGAGGCCAUGCUGCUGGAAAACGCUGAAGGCAGCAAUCCAGACGCCAUCAAGCUUCGCAUUCGACAUUUCUUGGUCAGCGAGUCAGAGGAGCUCGAGCUGACGCCUAUGGAUGCUGAGCUACGUGCCGGCGUGCAUCGUCUGGCUAAGUCACUGAAGUUGACAUCUCGGUCACACGGCAAGGAAGGCAAGGGUGCUGGUCGAUAUCCUGUCCUGAACAAGACAAGCUUCACCAAGCAAUACACGGCCGAGGAUAUCUGGGAGGUCGACGCUCUUAUGAAUCUGCGCAAGUUCUUUGGGAAGCAUGCGUACAAAAACGCUGCCAAAUCUGUCCGUUCUGGGGCAGUCCCUCGAGGCGGUCGUGGUGGCGGUGGUGUGGCAGCGGCUUCUUACAUGAAUGGCGCCAUUGUCGGUGCUGCUGCGCCUGAGCUCGGUGCUGAAAACAGGGGCCGAGUCCUGCUGGAGAAGAUGGGCUGGUCGGCAGGUAUGGGUAUUGGCGCUGCCGGAAACAAGGGCAGUAUCGAUAACAUCAAGCAUGUUGUCAAGACCAACAAGGCCGGCUUGGGCUAG